GUUUCACAGGGUGUCUUUAUCUGUCACAUCACUUGUAAUGAUGAAUAUAAUCACCGUUCUUUUGUGUAAGUACAUUGACAACAGAUACGUUUAAUUGUGUCAUUGUUUGUUCUUAUAAUUGAGUGAACCUUUGUGUGCAAGUAUAAGGGGAAUUUUGCUUUUUUUUUUUCUUUAAGGGGCUCUUGCAAAUCAGGUCUCAUGUCAAACUAAUGGUGAGAACACAUCUGUUUGCUGCAUUCUCAAUGUGAUUGUUAUGGAUUGUAUCAUUUAUUGUCGUCUGUUUCAAAAAUCUAUGUUACAGAUAUUUUUCCUGCGAGGAUCCUGGUACAAAAGAAAAAUAUAAGCGAGAACACUGACCUAUAUAUAACCUGCAGCACAUUUGGGCUGAAGAAACACACUGUGGUCUAUGUUUAUUUAUGUAAGGAUGACAUUGGAAUCAAUAAAAUUACACAGAAACAAGAUCAGAAUGAUAGCACCUUCACCAUACACAGAGUUGGUCUUCAACACAGUGGAAACUAUAGCUGUGUUUACUCCGAAAAUGAUUAUUCACUUUCCAAGGUAGCCAAGAGAGGGUUCAACAUCAUUCAAAUUCUGGUUAUAGGUAAGGAUCUUCAUUCCUAUGAAAGCAAUAUGUCAUUGUUAUUCUCGUCACUCAUCUUGUUCUUCUGCCACACAGCCAAUUUUCUCCCUGCAGAUAUUGCAGUAGCUGGGCCGUCCACUGUCAGGGAGGGAGACAAUGUUGAGUUCAGAUGUACUGUUUCGGAUAGACUGCAAACUCUUGAUGGAUGUCAGCUCAUUCACUCUUACCUGAUGAGGAAUGAGACCAUCAUCCAGCUGCAAGCGUUUAAUCUCAUAAGCAUGGAGGCAGCUUUCAGCAUGGAAGGUGCCGCCAUGAGGGAUUCGGGUAGCUACAGCUGUGUGGUGCUGCCAUCUAAAUGUAUCGACGAGCAUGAGAAAACACUCAGUGGGAAUAAUGUGGUAUUACUCGACGUCAAAGGGAGUUUGUUAUUCCCAGUGAGUGCCUUUUGUGGAGUGAUAAUCCUGAUGCUGUCACUUAGUUUGUGUCUGUGGUGCAUCAGGAGAUCAGGUCAGAUGAGUGCAGAGGUCAACUCAACUGCGUGCAGUCUAUGGGUUUUGCCCCGUGUGGAGAGUCAACAGGCCAAUACGGUCGUUUUGGAGGAACAGCAGGACUGCUUAGAGCAACGGGAUCUGGAAGCACAAGAUGGAAACUCAUUCAGCAGCACGGAGGAGAUAGAAGAGUAUAAUGACAUUGAUGCUGAGGACAUGGAUAUUUAUGAGGAAGUGCCCUGUGUUGAAGGUGGUCCAGCUGUGAGAGCAAGUGAAUAACCCGUGUACUGUACCUAUUUCAAAAGGAAGAAACAGCAGAGCACAUCGGUUCCCACUUCUAUUCACUGCCAGUUUAAUGCAUAACUGUGAUGCACCCCUGUUUUGGCCAAUCUGUGUCUAAUUUCAUGAAAGUAAAUUAAUGCUAAAAUUUAGAUGAGGAACUGCUCACUGUAAAUAUGUCCUAUGAGAUUUUUUUCUUUGUAAUGGGGGGUUAAAUUCCUUUUUGCCUAAUUAAUGAACAGAGUGAUUGUUCCUGUCAUUGUAUAAUCAGUGCUUUAUAAAAUAUACAUAUACAUUUGUUUUCAAUAAUAAACUGUGCAGGUGUCAUUGUUUCAUUGAUUGGUUGUACUUUGUAUU